UGGCUGUGAAAGAGAGUAACGCAGCAUCUGUUCUGUCAGCUUUAAUUUUAAUUCAAUAAAAAAUCUCGUUCCCUAAUUAGUGCGAGAUAAAAGGGUGACAUUUUGAACAAAAGUGUAGUAUCUCGUUCUUUGCUAUCUUUGCAUCCAUCUGUCGAGUGACGUGGAUAGUGAAUGUUGGAGUGUGUAUGGUGGUGGGAAGCUUCGUGUUUUAUGUGUAGUGUUUCAUGAGGCGUGUGUUUGUUGCAGAGUGAUUGGUUGCCAAAUAAACUCAAGUAUUUGUACAGUACAUUCAUACCAAACUAGAGUAUCAAAAUGACCACAUAUGAAGAGUUCAUUCAACAAAAUGAAGAUCGUGACGGUGUGCGAUUUACAUGGAAUGUUUGGCCUUCAAGUCGGCUUGAGGCAACUCGUUUGGUAGUACCACUGGGAUGUUUGUAUCAACCAUUGAAAGAAAGACCAGAUCUUCCGCCAAUUCAGUAUGAUCCUGUUUUAUGUACAAGGAAUACAUGCAGGGCAAUUUUGAAUCCUCUGUGUCAAGUUGAUUAUCGAGCAAAACUGUGGGUCUGUAACUUCUGUUUUCAGCGAAAUCCGUUUCCACCACAAUAUUCUGGAAUAUCAGAGCAGCAGCAGCCUGCUGAACUUAUUCCAAUGUUUUCAACUAUAGAAUACACUAUCACGAGAGCACAGUGUCUCCCACCAAUUUUCCUGUUGGUUGUGGACACAUGUGUAGAUGAUGAAGAACUUGGAGCAUUGAAAGAUUCACUACAGAUGUCACUGAGCUUACUGCCACCAAAUGCACUCAUCGGUCUCAUCACAUUUGGAAAGAUGGUGCAGGUGCAUGAACUUGGAUGUGAAGGCUGUUCAAAAAGUUACGUUUUCAGAGGCACUAAAGAUCUGUCAGCAAAACAAAUACAAGACAUGUUGGGUAUUGGGAGGUUUGCAAAUGCACCACAACAACCACAGCAACAGCCACGUGGCCCAAGUGGUCAACCAUUGCCUCCUGCUAACAGAUUUCUGCAACCUGUUCACAAGUGUGAUGUCAGCCUGACAGAUAUGUUGGGUGAGCUUCAGCGUGAUCCAUGGCCAGUUCCGCAAGGAAAACGGCCGCUCCGAUCAACUGGUGUUGCCUUGUCUGUGGCAGUUGGUCUUCUGGAGUGCACUUACCCAAACACGGGAGGGAGGAUAAUGCUUUUUGUUGGUGGACCUUGCUCCCAAGGUCCUGGUCAAGUUGUGAAUGAUGAUCUUCGGCAGCCUAUUAGGUCUCAUCACGAUAUCCAGAAAGAUAAUGCAAAAUAUAUGAAAAAGGCAAUCAAACAUUAUGAAGGGCUUGCUGGUCGAGCGGCAAUAAAUGGGCAUGCAAUUGAUAUUUAUUCUUGUGCUCUGGACCAAACUGGUUUAUUAGAAAUGAAACAGUGUUGCAAUUCCACAGGAGGCCACAUGGUAAUGGGAGACUCAUUCAACUCGUCACUUUUCAAGCAAACAUUUCAAAGAGUUUUUGCAAAAGAUCAGAAAGGUGAAUUUAAAAUGGCAUUCAAUGGUACCCUGGAAAUCAAAACUUCUCGUGAACUGAAAGUUUCUGGAGCCAUUGGACCAUGUGUGUCUUUGAACAUGAAAAGUCCUAGUGUAUCGGACACUGAGAUUGGAUUGGGUGGUACUUGUCAGUGGAAAUUUUGUACAUUCAAUCCAAAUACUGCUGUUGCACUGUUCUAUGAAGUAGUCAAUCAGCAUGCAGCCCCCAUUCCUCAGGGAGGCAGAGGAUGUAUACAGAUGAUAACUCAGUACCAACAUUCAAGUGGACAGCGAAGGAUUAGAGUGACGACAAUAGCCAGGAACUGGGCAGAUGCUACAGCCAAUUUGCACCACAUAAGUGCUGGAUUUGAUCAAGAAGCAGCAGCAGUUUUGAUGGCAAGAAUGGUAGUUUUCAGAGCAGAGACUGAUGAUGGCCCUGAUAUGCUGCGCUGGAUAGACCGGAUGCUCAUUAGAUUAUGCCAGAAAUUUGGAGAAUAUGCAAAAGACGAUCCAAAUAGUUUCCGACUUUCUGAAAAUUUUACUCUUUACCCACAAUUUAUGUUCCACUUAAGACGUUCACAUUUCCUUCAAGUUUUCAACAAUAGUCCUGAUGAAACUACAUUUUACAGGCAUAUGCUAAUGAGAGAAGAUUUAACGCAAUCCCUUAUCAUGAUACAACCUAUUCUGUACAGCUAUAGCUUUAAUGGGCCUCCAGAGCCAGUGCUUCUAGAUACAAGCAGUAUACAGCCAGACAGAAUCCUGCUGAUGGACACAUUUUUUCAGAUACUGAUCUUCCAUGGGGAGACAAUUGCACAAUGGCGGGCUCAGCGCUACCAAGACAUGCCGGAAUAUGAAAAUUUCCGACAACUUCUGCAGGCACCUGUUGAUGAUGCUCAAGAGAUAUUACAGACACGUUUCCCAAUGCCUCGGUACAUUGAUACAGAGCAGGGUGGAUCUCAGGCAAGAUUUCUUCUAUCAAAAGUAAAUCCCUCGCAGACCCACAACAACAUGUAUGCAUAUGGUGGGCAGGCGACGCAGAUCCCAAAUGCGGAAAGUGGUGCUCCUGUUCUCACUGAUGAUGUCAGCCUGCAGUUAUUUAUGGAACACUUGAAGAAGCUAGCUGUGUCCUCUUCUUAACAACAGCUAGCAUCAUAACUCUAUUGUGUUCCAGAUAUGGACUAAUUCAUAAAUGUUUACAUUAUUUGUUGCUGUAAUACCACUAAAGAUAUUUAGUGAUGUACUUUUUGUAAUAUACAUAUAAUGAGCAUUGGGUACAUCAAAUCAUAUACAUAUUCCAAGAAAUUUGUCAAUUAUUGUAAAUAAUUUUUGCCCUUUAAAAUAAAUAGCUAGAUUUUUAUUGUA